AUGAAUAGCAAAAGACUAUUGCAAAACGUCCUCGUUCAAUCUGCGCGCUAUAGUGUAGCAGCACAAAGACCUAUUUUCACUGUUACUAGCAGUGCUGCUGUGCGUUCCAGGUUUGCUUUGAACAGAGGUGCGCUUAUUGAUAUGCCUGUUAGAUACGCUUUGGUUCAACAACGUCAAUUCAACAGCAAUGCAGAGCCUAGUUCGUUUAAAGUUGUUGAUUACAACGAUAUCCAAAAGCUGAUUCACAAUAGUGAUAAGAGUUACAGCUUGAUUGAUGUUCGCGAAGAAAAGGAAGUUGUGCAAGGAGCUAUCCCUACCGCCAAGAACGUACCUUUGAGUCAAUUUGCAUCUGCAUGGAGUUUAUCAGACAAAGAAUUUAAGGAACACUUUGGAUUUGAAAAGCCCAAGAAGGAUGCAAGUGUCAUUCUGUAUUGCUUGGGUGGUGUUCGCAGUACGAGAGCAGCUGAACAUCUUGCUAGUUUAGGAUACGACAACCUUUCAAACUACAUAGGAAGUUGGGCCGAUUAUGUUGAGAAACAAAAGGGAGAACAAUAA